AUCAUUACCAAAGCCAAAUUUUUCAGCAUUGUAUGAAGUGGUAAUAUUCACACUGAAAAACAGCCCAUACUAUUCACCAAAUUGAUCAACUUGGCUUAUUUGGCAUAUUGGAUUUAUUUGGCAUGCAUAUUGUAUAGAGCAUAGUACAAAUCGCUUAUUUAUUAUCGCGAUUUUUUUUUGUUGGGGGGUGAGUGUGCCUACAAUACUAAUAUAGAUCCGAAAUUAUCAUAUUUCUCGGUAUUAUUUGACGUUAAAAUGGGUAACAAAUGCAGUAGCAUACAAUGGCUUUCGAAAGCAGAGAUGUCAAACUUAGAUGUGACGAAAAAUCAAUGUCAAUUGGCUGUGGUAGCUGAUCCGUCGCAUGAAGCAUCUGAACUAUUCACAUUGAAUAUUGAUUGCUUAGAAGAGAUUUUUGAAUGGCUAUCAACUAAGGAGUUAUUCGCACUUCGACAAACAUGCAAGCGAAUGAAACGAAUUAUCGAUUUUUACAUUCGAGCCUAUUAUCCUACAAUCGGUAGAUUCCGAUUGUAUAAUAGCUCUUAUGAGAUAUUUCAAAAUAUGGAUGCCGAUUCAAUUAAAUUGAUAAAUCGAAUUGUGAUUAACUUAAGAAAAGAUAAACCACUUGAUAUUAAAAAAUUAAAAAAUGUUCUAAACAAUGUUGAAGUGCUUAUAGUAGAACCAUUUUCGUUGAAGUUUGAUAUUUACAAGAAUUUGCUAAAAUAUUGUAAAAAUAUAAAAUCUCUUCGGAUAUGUAGUUGCGAUGCAACUGGUGAUAAAUGGUUGCAUAAGCAAUAUCCAACACUUGAACACGUUUAUUUUUAUUACUAUUUUAAACGACGUCAUCUUGUACUUAAACGAUUCAGAUUUAGACGCAUAUAUUGUUGUUGUAUUUAUAUUCAUAAAAAUUGUUCACAUCAUUUUCGUACAGACUAUUCAAAAUUGUUCAAAACAUCAACAAUUGUUAAGUUCUUUUGCGCAAAUCCACAAAUUCAUACAUUGUCAACAUGUUCAAAAAUUUUUGAAGUAUAUGCAAAUGCAUUGUUCAAAGCUGAUGUUAAAUUUAAACAAUUAAAUAUAUUUAUAACAUAUUUGGAAGAUUUUAAUCAUAAUUUUUAUAAAGAACUUUACGAUGAAGGAUUUUAUGAGCGAUUAUAUUUAUUUGGUUCUUUCUGGAACGAGGACAUUGUUCCAAAUAAUCUUAUGAAUAUUGGAUUAGAAAAAUUUUCUAUUGAAAAUUUAAAUUUCAAAUUACCAUUAUUGCUAAAUUUGAAAGAAAUACAAUGUUCUGACUGUCAUGAUCUAAAUUUCUUUGAAAAUGUUUGGGAUGUCGUGGAGCGUCUCAGUUAUGCUGGAAAAAGUGUUGAUAUUAUAUUUAUUCUUCGAAAUUUUCGAAAAUUGAAGCACUUCAGAGUAAAAUUAUCUAAAACUAACAUCAUCGAUUUGUCAGCACUCAACAAAGAACGAGAAACAUUGAUUGGAGCAUACAAAACAACAAUUUAUGUUGGAGAAGAUUCUUAUUUGGCUACAAAAUUUGCAUUAUCAAAAAUAGAUUAUAGUUUGAUUGAACUAAAACGGGAUAGGUUAUAUGAUUUGAUACCUUAUAAGAAUAAUGAGUACUAUUAAAAAUCUGGAAUAAAUAUAAACUUUUUUUAAUAGCAAAAAUCAAACAAGAUGCAAAAAAAGAGUUGAUGACAAUGAAGAAUGUUUUUUUUUUAUGGAAAAUACCUUACUACAUCAUUGAAAUCCCGUCAUGUUGCUCGUGAUAUGAGCAUAUUAUCAAAAUACAAAUAAAUGUGAUUUUUGUGUCAAAUAUAAAAAAAAAUAUAAUACAAAAAUAACAACAUCAUUCACCAGUGUUACUCUCGUUUAUUACUUAAAACAUUCGUCGUAUGUGUUUUUUAAAUUCACGAUUGCUCUCUUAUGCGAAAGAAGUAGGAGCCAAAACAAAGGAAGAAGACUAUUUAUUCCCUUAUUACCGCCACUAGUGUUUUGUUGGUCAUUGCAAAACUGUCUGUGUGUCACGCAAACAAUAAUAUAUAAACCAAAGAGAAGUUGUUUUCUUCUCUCACUAUUUGCUUUAAAAAAAGAAGACAUUUGAAAUCGAAAAUUAUGUCAAUCAACAAGAGUAAAUCGUUGAGUGUAAUGACAAAAAAAAAUUAUACAUUGCAAGUAUGGAAACUAUAACG